UGAUGGGGAUCUAGCCGUGGAUCUCUCCAGAUGUCUUCAUUUAGCCUUUUGGAGACUUUUAAUUUUAUCUUCAGCUUCUGCAUGCAGCAUAUCAGUAUAAUAAUGACUAUCUUGGGUGUUCCAACACGUGAUCUCUGCUCUCACUAAUCAUCAGUGGGUUUCAUUUGCAGAAACACUGUGAUCUACAGAAGGCAAUGCUGAGGAGGAGAUACAAGCCCUCACUCUUCCAGCAUGUUGGUCUUCAUUCCUCUUUGCCUGGAAAACUGCAGCGUCUGAAGGAUAAGGACUUUGGGAAACAGGGUUUGUUUCAGGUUCACAGUAACCCAACUGCUGCGGUGAACACCAGCAUGAAGCACUACCAGCAGCACAGCCUGGAGCGGCUUUACAAAGGAGGUGACUUCAUGUGGGCUUUGACGCCGGUCCAGGGCGACUACAUCCUCUUCAGCUUCCCUCAGCCCAUCCACAUAGCUGGGUCAGUCGUGUUUUAGCUUUUUGAUCAGCCUGAUGGGGAGAUGAUUAACAGCCUGUUGAUAUACUACAGCUGGGGAAGUGUGAGCAGAUGAUACUUUCUGCACUUUGAGCCAGUCUUGGAAGCAGAAUUUAAAGCUUCUGAACUGACUGAACACACAGUCAGUUUAGUGAAUUCUCAGUAAACUGUGUGUUUACUGAACAGAUGAUUUAAGAUUCAACUGAAACAGUUUAAUCUUAAAUCAACUGUUUUAGGGUGUGUUUGCUUCUUAUACUUUACCCUUUAUGUGUAUCAUAACUGAGCAUAUCAAAAGGAUAAGGAAGGAUUUUUUUUAUCUUCAACAAACUGACCUAAA